AUGCCAGCAAUACAGUCAGUCUUGACAAAAUGCUUUGCAAACAUACCUAAAUGGGUUGAUCUAGCCCUGGGAUGGUUCAAUCUGAUGGUUGCAUUCAGCUACUUGGUACUCGCUACCGUCAUCUUUACAGAGAGUUGCACACAGCAAGACAACACCACAUCUCAAUGUUUGAUGCCAGUUGCCAUGGGAACAGGUUUUCUCUUUUACGGUACACUGGUUUUAUUACAUCUAUUAGCUAUCAUUAAAUUGCCGCGUCCGUCAACUCCAGAGUAUUACGAAGGUGUGAUUCUCACGUUCUGGGGAUUUAUUAGCUUACUUUUAGCAGGAACGCCUAUUUUAGGUUCGGAAUGGCGGGCCAUCAAUCUCGGUGUAUUAUGGUUUACAGGUGGUUUGUUUUCAAUUAGUUUGAGCGUACAAACAUGGAUACCCGCUUUACGAGAGAGAAACAUUGUGAAUUCGCUUAUCUUAUGUUUGACAGGCAGAGCUAUUGUAACUGGCAUCACGCAAAUGGACGAUGACUAUGCAGCGCAAAUUCAUACCAUGCUGGGCUACAUAUUAAUCAUCGGAGCCAUUGCCCGCUUAACUCAGAUUGUAUUUCGAAAAUCACCAGUUGAUAAUCUUCCACAUCGCAUGUUUCAGCAAAAUACGGAUACAACGAAUGCUAUCGACAUCGACGAAGACGAGGAUCAGGAUCAGGAUGACAAGGAACAGCAAAACACUUGCAAGCAUCGGUUCAUUUUUGCAUCCAUCACACUGGUCGCUGGAUUAUUGGCAUCGCUCAUGUCGAUCUGUGGAGGCGUUCUCUUUAUGGGGGCCAACAUUGGUUGGAUUCAUUAUAUGCGCUAUUACAUCGAGGAUCCAUCUACAUAUGUCAAUAUCACUGUGGCAGUUGCAUUCCUGUGGUCUGCAUAUGUAUUUGGUCUCUGCACCAUCUACAAAAAUUUAAAAACCAAAAAUGCCAUUCAUCAGUACGAAUACAUGGAGCUGGAAAACAAUGUGCUAACCAGCAGCACUGAUUUACCCCUGAUGAGACAUUAUGACGACGAACGAAGAGAAUGGUCAAUGCCUAUCAGUGCUCCCAAGAACAUCAAUAGCUGCAAUACGCAAAGCAACAUGAGCGCUAUCAUGACAGCCACCAACUCACCUCCAGCCGAUUACGUCCUGGCAACAUCCCCAGUGAAGAUGGCUGACAUUCAUGAUGUCAGGGAUUCUCCAUUGCCUCAACAACACAAGACCUCGUUCGAGGCUGACUUUCCACAGAAGCCUCAACUAGAGAGCACCCUUACAGCGACUGAGAAAACCAUUAGACCAUCGGAGUAUCGAGCCAAACGACGAUCGUUGCUAAUCCAAUCACCUAUACCAACUAUCAACAACUCGAAACGAGCAAGAUCUUCAUCCAGUUUUGGUGUGGGCGGUGUAUUACCUGACGAGAUUGUGCAAUUAUCAAAAGUGCCUACAGCAACAGACUCCUCGUUCCGAAGGUCGUGGCUAUCGUCAGCGUCUUCAUCCUCUGUAGGCGGUGGCAGCGGCGGAUAUUACUCUGGCAGUAACAUGGAUUCCUCAGCGCCCAAUUCACCGUCCAUGCUGGAUCAAAGACCCUAUUCUUCGAUAUCAUCUACUUUGCCUCAAGCAAGUGCUUAUUAUCAUCAUCACCAACAACAACAAAUGCGAAGAAACAGUGUGAAUGAAGCGCCAUUUGACGAAUAUACCAACAGUCUAUUUGAGGAUCAAAGCAUUUAUUCCAUAGUAGAUGAUGGGGAGAAUAGAAGUAACGAAGUUGUGAUAAGCAACAGCAGUGGCAGCAGUCGAGGCCAGCAUCAGCGAUGGUCCCAACCUCAACUAAGCACAACAACAGCACCAGCAAAGAAACAUACUACCACAACUCCCUCCAGUCCUCAAAGUCCAUCUUAUAAAAAAUAA